CAGUUCUGAAACGGGCAAGCGGCGUGACGGUUCGAAACUCGCCGGCGUUCUUCGCGUACGUGUAGGGGUUGCAAAACCGACGGGGGCCCGUUUGUCUUGUGUAAAAUCGGCGCGGAGCCGUCCCUGGAGGUGCCGCACGCGACACUAACUGGUGCAGGUCAGGCCCAUCCCUCGCGCUAUCAGAUACCUUCCGACUUCCGUGUAGGUCAUUUAACCCUUCGAGCUGGUGGACAACAUGUGAAAGUGAAACGGUGAUUAUGUGCCAUGAUGGAAGUGAUGCAAUCCUACUUCUUGUACACGGGCGAAGAGGCCUACGCGACGCCCCCACAGGUGAAUCAAGCGCAACCCUAUCUUCACUUUGACCAUCACCCCCCAGACACCUACGACGUCAACACCUACGACAGCUUCAUAUCGACGAGCUCGCUCAGCGAGCCCUCCUACGAGAACCUCCACUUCGCCAAAGAAACGAGAAAAAGCGCGAGAGGACAACGGAAGAAAGGCAUCGUGCGCGACAGAGCGGCAUCGCCCACGAUCCUCAAGAGAAGAAGACUGGCGGCGAACGCUCGCGAGAGACGAAGAAUGAACGGCCUGAACGAGGCGUUCGAUCGCCUCAGAAAAGUCAUCCCCAGCCUCGACGCCGAUCACAAACUGAGCAAAUUCGAAACGCUCCAAAUGGCCCAGACUUACAUCUCGGCGCUGAGGAAGCUUCUCGACGACGAGGCGAACAGAUGAGUCCUUUUUUUUUCUAAGUUCGUGUAAUCUAGUCCCAAUGAAAAUUAUGCAAAUUUCAUUCGCAUUGUAAAUAAGCUGACCAAAAAAAGUAUGUUAAUGCCAAAGACUAUCAAUAAAAUAUUUAUUCUUUUAUAA